GGCUGCUGUGUUCCGCUGCCGGCAGCGCACAGUGCCGGGCACCCCAGUGCCCACCAACGAAAAUGGAAGCCGCCGUCGACCUGCUGACCGGUGCACCGAGCAGAGCCGUGGCGGCCACCGCCACGGCGAAUGCCGGCGCGCUCUCCAACGCCACCUUGGCUCGGGACCCGCGCACCGCAAGAUGGCCGCUCGCCGGCAACCCGCCGCUCAUCGGCGCCCUCCUGCUGAGCUACGUGUACCUCGUCAAGGUGGGCGGGCCGCGCUUCAUGCGCGACCGCAAGCCGUACAACCUGCGCCGCCUCAUCCUCCUUUACAACGCGACCAUGGUUCUCCUCAACGCCUACUUCGUGGCCAACUUUUUGUCGCGCUCUUACCUGGGCGGCGGCUACAACGUGCUCUGCCAGGGCAUUCGCUUCGACGCCGACCCUCGCACCCUCGAGUUGGUGUCGCUGUGCUGGUGGUACCUGCUGGUGCGUAUCGCCGACUUCCUAGACACCGUGUUCUUCGUGCUGCGCAAGAAGGACUCGCAUGUCUCCUUCCUGCACGUUGUCCACCACGUCCUGGUGGUCUUCAACGGCUGGUUCGGCCUCUCGUACGGGCCGGAUGGUCAGGUGAUGUUCUGCAUCUGCCUGAACAGCUUCGUGCACGUCAUCAUGUAUACCUACUACUUCCUGUCACUGUUGGGUCCACGCGUCCAGAAGCACCUCUGGUGGAAGCGCUACCUGACGCAGCUGCAGCUGGCGCAGUUCAUUGCCAUCUUUGUGCACAGCACCAUACCACUAUUCAAGGACUGCGGAUACCCGCGACCGCACACGUUCAUCGUGCUCUCCGAGUCUGUGUUGUUUUUCGGCAUGUUUGUGCGCUUCUACCGCGGCGCCUACAACAACAAGCAGCCGGCAAAGGCAGCCUGAGAGCGCUUGC